UGUGCGGAUGAGCUCACGCGGUGCCGCAGCUCCGGGAGGAGGCGGCGGCGGCGGCGCGGGGGGAGGGUCGUCGUUGGCUCCUUCAGGAUAAGAUGGCGGCGGCUGCGGUGUCCGGCGGCGCCGGGGGGCCCCCGCUCGCGGCCCCGGGCCCCCGCCUGGCCCCGCCGCCCACCGCGGGCCGCCCUCCGGGCCCCGCGCGCAUCGGCUACUACGAGAUCGAGCGCACCAUCGGCAAGGGCAACUUCGCCGUCGUCAAGCUGGCCACGCAUCUCGUCACCCGCGUCAAGGUUGCGAUAAAGAUCAUUGAUAAGACUCAGCUGGAUGAAGAGAACCUCAAGAAGAUUUUUCGAGAAGUUCAGAUUAUGAAGAUGCUCUGCCACCCUCAUAUCAUCAGAUUGUAUCAGGUUAUGGAGACAGAGCGAAUGAUUUAUCUGGUGACAGAGUAUGCUAGUGGAGGGGAAAUAUUUGAUCAUCUGGUGGCUCAUGGACGCAUGGCUGAAAAAGAAGCUCGGAAGAAGUUUAAGCAGAUAGUUGCAGCUGUACACUUCUGUCACUGUCACAACAUUGUCCACAGAGACCUGAAGGCUGAGAAUUUGCUUCUGGAUGCAAAUCUGAACAUCAAAAUAGCAGAUUUUGGGUUUAGUAAUAUCUUCACUCCUGGUCAGCUGCUGAAGACCUGGUGUGGAAGCCCUCCUUAUGCUGCCCCUGAGCUUUUUGAAGGGAAGGAGUAUGAUGGGCCGAAAGUGGACAUUUGGAGCCUUGGUGUGGUGCUCUACGUCCUGGUCUGCGGGGCCCUGCCUUUUGAUGGGAGCACGCUGCAGAAUCUGCGAGCACGGGUGCUGAGUGGCAAGUUCCGCAUUCCGUUCUUCAUGUCAACAGAGUGUGAACAUUUGAUCCGCCACAUGCUGGUGCUAGAGCCAAGCAAACGGCUCUCCAUGGAGCAAAUCUGCAAGCAUAAGUGGAUGAAGCUUGGGGAAACAGACCCUGAAUUCAGUACAUUAAUAGCAGAAUGUCAGCAACUGAAAGUCGAGAGGCAGAUGGAGCCACUGAACGAAGAGGUGCUGCUGGCCAUGGCUGAGAUGGGGCUGGAUAAGGAACGCACCCUCCAGUCACUGAGGACAGAUGCCUACGAUCACUACAGUGCAAUCUACAGCCUUCUCUGUGAUCGCCAGAAGAGGCAUAAAAACCUGCGUAUUUCUGCCCUGCCCAGCCUUCCGCGGACGAUGACCUUCCCAGCACCAGCCGGUGUCCAGACGGAACCUGCUGGCAACCCAGUGAGCCUCAGCGUCCCACAAGUGCAGCUCAUCAACCCAGAAAACCAGAUAGUCGAGACGGAUGGCACAAUGAACUUGGACAGUGACGAAGGAGAAGAGCCGUCUCCCGAAGCUCUGGUCCGUUACCUCUCCAUGCGAAGACACACCGUGGGCGUGGCUGAUCCUCGCACUGAAGUGAUGGAGGAUCUCCAGAAGCUGCUCCCAGGCUUCCCACGAAUCACCCCACAGGCCCCAUUCCUGCAGGUGGCCCCAAAUGUGAACAUGGCAGCUAACAUGUUUCCCAUGCAGCACCUCCAGCCAACUGGCCAGUUGGAGUACAAGGAGCAGUCAUUGCUGCAGCCACCAACGCUGCAGCUGCUGAACGGGAUGGGACCGCUUGGGCGCAGGGCCUCCGACGGUGGAGCCAACAUCCAGCUGCACACGCAGCAGCUCCUGAAGCGUCCUCGAGGCCCGUCUCCUCUUGUAACCAUGACACCAGUAAGCCCCGAUCUCCUUAUGGACAUCUCUACGUACGUGGAUCCCAGGAAGGGGCUCAGCGUCUGUGCUUGCUUGUGUCAGGUGACAGAGGCGCCCAGCCACGCAGUGCCCGCUGUAACCCCUGUGGAUGAGGAGAGCUCAGAUGGGGAGCCCGAUCAGGAAGCUGUGCAGAGAUACUUGGCUAAUAGGUCAAAAAGGCACACCCUGGCUAUGACCAACCCCACUGCGGAAAUCCCGCCCGACUUGCAGAGGCAGCUGGGACAGCAGCCCUUCCGCUCCCGGGCCUCACAUCUGGCACCUGACCAGCACCGCUACGGCUACAAGGACUCGAACACGCUGCACCUCCCUACCGAGCGCUUCUCUCCAGUGCGCCGUUUCUCUGACGGAGCAGCCAGCAUCCAGGCCUUCAAGGCCCAGCUGGAGAAGAUGGGCAACCACAGCAGUAUCAAGCAGCUUCAGCAGGAAUGUGAGCAGCUCCAGAAGAUGUAUGGUGGGCACAUGGAUGAGAGGACUCUGGAGAAGACACAGCAGCAGCACAUCUUGUACCAGCAGGAGCAGCAUCACCAGAUCCUUCAGCAGCAGAUCCAGGACUGCAUCCGUCCUCCACAGCCAUCUCCGCCCUUGCAAGCCACAAGUGAAAACCAGCCUGCGCUGCUCACUCACCAGCUCCAGAGAUUACAGAUCCAGCCCUCCAGCCCACCCCCAAGCCACCCCAGCAACCAUCUCUUCAGGCAGACGGACAGCAGCCCCCCGCCCGUCAGCAGCAGCGUGCUCCAGACCCACAGUGCAGCCUCCCAGACGCAGUUCCAAGGGGGGACACCGUCGCCACCGCCUCCACACAGCACCAUCUUCCAGCAGCCCGGGAACCGCUCCCCGCCCCCUACCCUGGCCUUGCCCUGCGUGGGCCUGCAGCAGCAGGGGCAGCCCGUCCCGCUCCCGAUGCAGGAGCCAGGAGACCUGGUGGGCAGCAGUCUUCAGCAGGCUGGGCGGGGCUUGCCCAUUCCCCCCAGUACCAGUCCGUUGCAGAUGCACCAUCGUGCCAGUUUGAUGGCUUCCCUAGCCUACGGACACAGGCCCCUUUCAAAGCAACUCAGCGCAGACAGCGCCGAGCCCCACAGGUAUCCGGCCACCGGUGGCUACAGCCAGGCGCACCUGCACCCCCAGCUGUUCCCUGAGCCAUCCCGCGUCUCCCCGAGUGGCUUCAGCCCCGCCACGCCCAUGGGCUUCCCUCCGGCCCAGGCCCUGAAGGUCCCGCCGCUGGAGCAGUUCCCUGGCUUUCCCCAGAGCGGCCCGCAGCAGCCACAGCAGCACUACGCCGCCUCGGCCCUGCAUCAGGCCCUGCUGUCCCCGACCCCACCAGACUAUAGCCGGCGCCAGCAGGUGCCCCCCAUCCUGCAGGGCCUGCUGUCGCCCCGCCACUCACUCACGGGCCACCCUGACCUGCGGCUGCCCCAGGCGGAGGUGGCACAGCUGAUCAAGCGGCGGCAGCAGCAGCAGCAGGAGUUCCAGGAGCUGUUCCGGCAGAUGAGCCACGGGGAGGUGGGACACGCAGCCGCCGGCAUGGCCCCGAAACUCUCCGACCGACCACCGCUGUCGUUGCCUUACCCGAACACCGACCCAUACCGCCCCCACCCCGGCCCCCAGCACCUCUUGAAAGUGAGGGGGCAGGAGUGUGCCUCGCAGGUCCUGGUCCCAGUCCCGGGCCGUGGAUACGCCCUGCCCCCGGCCCUGCUCCACUCGGAACGCAUGGAGGAGGACGCGGACUGCCUGUGUGAGGGCGCCAGGGACGCUUUCUCCAGCAGCAAGACCAAAGGCUGCCCCGAGACGCGGCUCCUCUUGAGCGUAGGAGGGCCUGGGGACUCGGACUCUUUGUUUGGGCCAGCCAAAUGUGAGCCGGAGCUGGGAGCGCACCUGUACCAGCCCCGGACCAUUUCCCCCUUUGGUCGGAGCGAGGCGCCCUGCCAAGAUCCCAUGGUCCCUGCUAGCCUGGAAAGGAACUCACCCAGGCACGUGGAGAUGGCGGAUGCGGACGGACUUGUGGCGUACCCAGCGAGAAUGAUUUCUGGUGCGCAUCCCAGAUCCCGGCCCCUGCAGAGACACCACACCAUCCAGAACAGCGACGAUGCCUACGUGCAGCUGGACCCUCUGCUGGGCAUGAGCCUCAUGGCAGGGAAAGCACUUAGUUCUGCCCGCAUGGCUGAUGCUGUUCUCAGCCAGACCUCCCUCGUGGGCAGCCAGCCGCUCCCUGAUGGGGAGAGAAGGGGGUUGUGUACAGCUUGGAGCGGAAAGGUCCAUUUCAACCCGACAGUAUCUUGCAGCCUUGCGCCAAACACCCAUCGCGUUUCUCUGGGAAGGAAGGCAGUGGCGACUCUUCCCGCUCUUCCUCCUCCUCCUCCUCAUUGGCCCAAGAGCGUGCUUGUUCCUUCCGGAUGUUCGUUGCCGCCACGUUUGCCUGCGACGCCAGCUACUCCAGUCUGCCCCUCCCAGGGGCCGGGGGUGGAUCAACAAGGGCGGGCGGCGGCAGGAGCCCCCCUUGCCCCCGGCCCAGCGGCCGAAGGAAGGGAGAGACACUGGGCCAGCAAUAAGCAGAUGCUUGGAAAGGGCGUUUCCAGGGCCUGCCCUGUGCGGAGACCAGACCGAGGGGGCGCUCACCAAGGGGUGGGGGAGCCUUCUUGACGCCUGCCGGCCGGCCUUCUACUACUCACCCCCUGCCCCCAGGCUCAGGCUCCCCCACUCCCCUCCUGGCCGUGGUGCAAUAUUGCUUUUGCGUCUCUCUCGUUUACUGACUUUUCUGUUUUUGAAUUUUGUCACUGUGCUUAAACACACUUCCUUUCUCUUUUUGUACAUCUUUUUCAUUCAUAUCAUGUGCUACCUUUUCUUUUUUAGUUUAACUCUGAGAAAGCUUGGUUCUGUUUUUUAACUUGUUUCCCUCCAGAUCAUGUAGGAAUUUGUUUCAGUAAAUUUUUGGUAUUAUUAUUAUUAAUAUUAUUAUUAUUAUUAUUAAUAAUAAAUUAAUUCAGAAUGCUUUUCUGCCCCUGGCCGUGCUGCUCCCCCCGCCUCUGGUGUUGGCUUUUCUCCAGGCCCUGGCAUCUUGGCUGCGGCCUUUCCUGCCCUCCUCCUCCUGAGGAAACCUUGUUUUCAGUGACUGAUCUAAGAAUUGGGUGAAGCCUUUGCUUGGAGAGUGUCCUGUAUCAUCUUCCUGCCUUUGGGGACUUUUGGAAAACCACCACCCAGAAUUCCUGUUCCUGACUCUUGGGGAAGAAUUUUUUCAAAGGGGUAGCACGACUGCAGCUUUCCUGGAUUUGCACAGAAGCAGCAGAAGACCAGCAGAGGCGAGGUUCUUCGGCUGAGCCUCCCUCCCCUCCGUGAGCAUCUGGAUAAGUCCAGACAAGGUCUCCUUGUCCAGGCUGGAUUGGAACUGGAGCCCCCAUGGCUGGGGGAGCAGGCCGCUGGAGGGAUAGGGAGGGGAUCCGGAGGUGGCCCACCCACCCAUCCCUCCCGCACCCAAGUCCCCCUUCAGCCUGGCUUCAGACUCUUGCUCGUUCGUCCUUCUGUUUACAUGACCUGGGAGGGGACAGCAGCUGCGCCCCAGCCCUAUGCCAAUAGGCUGGACAGGGCACCCCUCGCUGGGCUGUUUUGCAGUAUCAUUUUUUAAUUUUUUUUUUUUAAUUGUUGCUUUGUAUUGUAGUAAUCAGUACUUACAGUAUAUGUUGAAUGUAUAACAUACUUUGCUAUUAUUUCUGUUUUGGGGAAACGUCCAGAGUAUUUUUCUCAUUUACGUUGGACUAAAACAAGAGCCUCCAUACACACAACUCCCCCAGGUUUUCAGUAAAUCCUUACUUCAGUUUUGGGUGGGUGGGUUGUUUGCAACUAGUCACUUAGUUGUUCCAAUAAACCCUUGAUUCUGACUGGC